AUGCUGGAGAAACAGCGCGAGGAGCUCCGGGACGACGUUGCCUACCUGAAGUCGCAAUCCAUGCGCAAAAACUUUGUGUUUACAAACAUUCAAGAAGAUAACUUCAGUGGCAACGUGACGGCGGAAAUUACGGAGACAAAGUUACGCAAACAUUUACAAGAGACUCUAAAAAUUGCCAAGGAUGUCGCAGACACACUCCGCUUUGAGCGCGUCCAUCGGUCACCGGGACAGCCAGUUCCCGGUAAGAUACGCAACAUCGUUGCCAAGUUCACCUAUUUUAAGGACCGGAAGAUGGUACGGAGACAAUGGAAACAUUUGUCAGGAACCGGUUGCCAAAUGUACGAACAGUUCCCACCGGAAGUGCUGGAGAAACGCCGAAAAUUAGUGCCAAAAAUGAAGGACGCCAAAAAACAGGGUAAGCGUUCUUGGAUCGUGUACGAUACCCUCUACGUGGACGGCAAGCCAGUGAAACAGUAG